CUUAAAUGAACAAGACAAUUUGAUUAGGUUAAUACACCGUUUGAAUUUAUAAAAAUGAGUCGUAUUGAUUUUUAUAACGGAAUCAUUGGAGACGACAACGAAACGUCUAAAAGUGAGGCAAAACAAUUGAGGUUCUUUAUUGAAAAGAAUGGCUACACAUGUCAAACUGACGACGAAAUAAGGAUACCUGGAACCGAAGUUAUAAAAACUAUUCACAAUUCAAUUAAUCAUAAUGACAGAAUAAUAAUUCUAAUAACAGAUCAAUCUGCUUCAAAAGGAUGGUUCACAUUUGCAGUUUUGUCUGCAUUAGAAAACAUUAUUGUGGAAAAUCGCAUGAGACUUUUGGUCGCAUACAAAGGAAAUCGACGUGAAGAUGUUGGAUUUCUGAAAACCGGAUUGCUGUCGUUGACGCCCAAGACGUUUGUCGACCUCAAUGAAUGGCAGGGAUAUGACAGGCUUCUCAAACAACUGCAAACUCCGGUGUGUUUGGACGAAGAAUUACCAGCGGGAAACUUGCAUCUUGGCUUAGUCCAUUCCCAUUUAUCCGGUUACAUGUGCUAUGUUGCUGAAGAGUUUGCAACGAACAAGAAUUGGUCGGAGAAAUGCAAUGGUUACAGAGAACAAAAUAAACUACUGAUUGGAAAAUUUCUGCUGGCUGUACCGAAAACCUGCACUGUCCCACAGCAGCUUCCAUCAAAUUCAGCAGCAGACAUUGUUAUUUCGAAUGCGGAUAUAUUUAAGUUUAAGAGAAUACACGCGGGUAAAGACAGAGAUUAUGUCGUUACAAUCAACCAGAUAAAGCACGCGAACAACGAGAUGUACUUUUGUGCCCAGGUACCAACUGUGAUCACUGCAAUAUCACAUCUUGCAAAGCAGCACCUUGGAAAAAUAAAUGUCGCUCUCGAGCACCAGCGGUUCUGUCAAUCAUACCAGCAGAUAAUCGAUGCGAAAGGAUGGAGUGACUUCUUGGAAAUCGUCCCAUGUGAAGAUGAAAACGAUAUUCCUGUCGCGUUGUUUAAGGCAGCGACCGCAAACACUACCAAGAAGACUGGGGCAGAAACUAAACUAAUUAGAGCUAGAGUGUUUUCCGAUGUUGAAAGGAUGAGUGUUUACAUAUCAUGUUUUAAUAUUGAUGAAGAUUCUCGCGAAGAGAUCGAAAACGAGCUAAAUAAACAUCAUAUUCGACAUGAGAAAACAACAGAAAGACUCCUGCUCUCAAAAGGUGACAAUCAAGCAGGUUGGAUAAUAUUUAUUGUAUCAAAAGAAUCACUGAAAUGCGGAGUGUUUUCUUUCAAUCUCAUGAAAUGCCUGACUGCCGAUGUUGAUGAAGGCAAACUGAGAGUUCUGCUUGUAUUGCGCAGCGGUGUGAAUAUCUCAGAUGUGCCAAGAUGUAUUCGUUGGGUUACAUGCUUCAGCGAAGAUGAGAAGUCAUACAAACACUGGAUUAUAAGAACAGUUUCAGGUAAUUGGUCUCAGCAUAUUUAUCAUUCAUAA